GUCACACUUUUAUACCGACACGUGCAGAAUUGUUUUUAUGUUUUGCCUUGCUUUGGUUUUCAUGUGAGAAUUUACACCGCAAAAUGGCCGAAUCGAGUGGAAAGAUCAAGUUCCUGGUGGCGGACACCACCGCCUUCAUAAACGCCGUGCCCCUGAACGAAUAUGCCGAUCAGGUGCUCACCGUGCCGGAUGUGGUGGCCGAGGUGCGCAACAAGCGCCAAAUACGACGCCUCUGCGUGCUGCCCUUUGACCUGCAGGUGCGCGAACCCCGCGCCGAGAGCAUCAAACACUGCGUGGAGUUCGCCAAGCGGACGGGCGACUAUGCCAGUCUCUCGGGGAUCGAUCUGAAGGUCAUCUCGCUGACAUACGAACUGGAGGCGGACACCGUGGGCACCGCCCAUCUGCGCACGGAGCCCGUGAUGGCCCAGACCAUUGCCUCCAAGGAGAAGCCGGAGGAAAUGCAGGAUGCCAACAACAAGAGGAUGGUGGGCUGGUACAUGCCCGAGGGAGAAGAGGAGGAGGAGGACUCCCAGGAGGAGGACUCCCAAGAGGAGGAUUCCCAGGAGGAGGAGGGCUCCCAGGAUCAGCAGGAAGCGGACCCACCCGUAGACAAUGUCAAAGCAGCCAUUGAAGCUCAGUUGGCUGGCAAAGAACCUCUGCCCAGCCAGGAAACUCAACCAGAGGAGGAUGAGCCCAGUCAGGAGGAGCUGGACAAGCUGUUCGAGCAGCUCAAGUGCGCUCCCAGCGCAGAGGAAGAGCAAGAGCUGGCGGAGCUCCUCGUUGCCCAGCCAUUGGAAGACGAAGCCGAAGAAACAGAGCCACAAGCAGCCCGGCAAAGCCAAAAUCUCGAAGAGGAAGUGGGCGACGAUGGCUGGAUCACGCACUCCAACAUCAGGAAGGCCAAGAAGGCGCUGGAGGGCAAGGUGGAGACGGACGAGGUGCCGCCGGUGGCCUGCAUGACCACCGAUUAUGCCCUGCAGAAUGUGCUCAAGCAGCUAAAUCUCCAUUUGGCCGCCUUGAAUGGCCGGAUCAUCAAGCAGCUGCGCACCUACAUACUGCGUUGCUAUGCCUGCUACAGAACCACCAGCAUCAUGACCAAGGUCUUCUGUCCCAACUGUGGCAACAAGACGCUGAAAAGGGUGGCUGUUAGUCUGGACGAGAACGGGCGGCAGGUGAUACACAUCAAUACGAGGCGACCGCUGACGCACAAGUACAAGAACCAGAGCCUGCCGCGCUUCCACGGCGGCAAGCACUCGCGCAACCCCAUCCUGUUCGAGGACCAGCCCAUGCCGCGCCAGAUGCCGUCGCGGGUGGCCAAGACCAAGACGAACGCCCUGGACCAGGACUACACCGCCGGGUUCUCGCCCUUCGUGCUGCGCGACGUCGACUCCAAGUCGGCCAUGCUGCGCUCCAAGGGCAACCUCAAGGAGUGGGCCAGGAACAACAACUUCGAGGAGGACCGCCGGCGCAAGAACUACAAUCGCUUGUACAAAUAGAUGGUCGGGUGAUAUUCAGUUGGAAAGCUUUGCCAACUUCCUAAUCGUAGACUUUAUAUAAUAUGUAAUAUAUAAAAAAAACAGAAGGGAUAACCCAAA